AUUAUAUAGCCUAUCCCCCUCCAGUAUUGCCAGAUACACACAAGUGGGACCAACGACAACCUCAAAAUCAGUCGUGUAGCAUCCAGCGGCUGGAGGAAGAAUGUCCGGUCUCAGUGCUCUGUUGCUGUUGCUCUGCUGUGUGUCUCUGGCGCCCGGCUCCCCUCACGCACUCGCCGUCUCCCUUCGGACUCGCCGGCUGUGCGGGGUGCACCUGGUGGACGCCCUGCUGUUUGUCUGCGGCGAGAGGGGACUCUUCUACCAGCCGGGACGACGGGUCAGAGAAGAAGACAUACGUAUCAUGAUGGACAAUGUUCCUUCUGUUGAAAAUACCAGAGUGAUCCUGGCCAAUAGCAGAGGAGGAUCCACUAUAUCAAAAAGAGGCAUUGUUGAACAGUGCUGUCACUUCUACUGCGACUUCUAUGACCUGGAGAAUUACUGUAACAAUAUAUAAGAACUAUUCAUACUCCGAUCGUCAUGGCUAAGCUCGGUGACUCUUGCAAAAAAUACCCAUUUAGAAUGUCACAACCACAAAAUGUAGGAACAUUGAAGGAAAGUCAAACUAACCUUGUGACGUGUCACGACUUGUGUGAGCCCAGAUAAAUCUGUCAGCUGCAGAUCUGUGUGGCCCAGGGAGGCAGGAUUUGGAGAGUUAGAUUCAGGCAGUUAGCAGGUAUGACCAUCUUUAAAAAUGGCAUCCGAUACCACCGGCCACAUUUUCACAAACUGGCAUAUUGGUGGACACAAUGUUAUGGGUGGCAAGGUGAUGGGAGGACCAACCAAUUCAUACGGACAUAAUUUGUGGCCACCUGUAAGGUGGCACCUAAUUGGUUUGUUUACAAUUUUUUUUUACAAAAGUUAGCACAUUAGACACCAAUUUUAAAGAAAGGCAGUUAAGGAUAUUUUAGUUGAAUUAACCAGCCUAUAUCAGCCAUUGAAAUGAAUGGGCAGUAACUUCCUUCCUCUCUCCAGUUCUAAUACCUCCAUGGCCAGACCUCUGCAUCUGCCAUCUGUGCCCAAAUAAAGAGAUCUGGAUCUCUUUAUAUGGGCAAAGAUAGCAGCUUGUGGGUCCUUUUUGUAGGUGAAUGACUAGGAAACAAUAGAAAGUCAAAAUGUUAAUAGAUAAACUUCA